AUGGGCUCUUACUACAACGUGGACGCCAUUUUGACUGAAGCAGAGAAAGUUCCCUGCACAUUCAACCUCGAUCUCCCAGGCUUAGGUUUCUUGGACGAAAACCCUGGAGACGACACAUUCAAGAUCAGAGCUGCAGAAAUUGCAGAUUAUGCUAAAAAUCCUCGGGGUGCACCUGCAGACUUUGUGCAGAGGCUAGAUGAGACUGAGUUACAACACGAUUACGGCGCCCUCGAGCCCUCCAUCUCCGGCAAGAUAAUGGAGCUGCACCACAAAAACCACCACCAAACGUACGUGAACUCCUACAACGCCGCUGCGGAGAAACUCGCCUCCGCUUCCUCCCCCGACGCCCAGAUUGCCCUCCAACCGCUUAUAAACUUCCACGGCGGCGGCCACGUCAACCACUCGCUCUUCUGGGAGAAUUUGGCCCCCGCAAAAUCUGGAGGUGGCGGCGAGCCUAACGGAGCUCUGAAGCAGGCAAUCGAUACGGCAUAUGGCGGUCUAGAAGGGCUCAAGAAGGUCAUGAACACGAAAUUAGCCGGAAUCCAGGGGAGCGGGUGGGCUUGGUUGGUCAAGGAUACGGAGACGGGACAGGUCGGAAUCAGGACGUAUGCGAAUCAAGACCCCGUAGUGGGGCAAUUCAAGCCGCUGUUGGGAAUUGAUGCUUGGGAACAUGCUUAUUAG